AUGGCGCGGCUGGGGCUGUGGUGUUUCCUCGCCCUUUGCACAGCAAGUGCAGGGCAUGGUCUGCAGAAGCGGGCUCUGCGGAGGAGCGAAGCAAACGAAGAGGGACCCGCUCUCGUCUCGCCUGCGCCGCUGACUCCCCUGAGCAGUGAUGAAGUGGCAUCGGCAACAGAACUGGAGCAAAUCCAGAAGGAUCUGAAGACAUCGGAGGUCGAUCGCGCCAAGAUCACGCUGCUGCAAAAGAGUUUGGAAACCCAGCAGCUGCUUGCAAAGCAGAGCCAGGAUGUCCUGCAGUCAUUCCCUGGGGAUGAAUAUCCUGGAAGUGUCGUGCGCGAGCAGCAACAGCAGCUGAAGGAAAUUGCUGCCCAAACUCAAGGUGUCCUUGGCUUUAGCGCGAAGGCUGCAAAGGAAGCUAGUGAAAAGGCUCUGCAAAGCGCUGCCGCCAUCGAGAAGGCAGCAAUUCAGGCACAGCAGAAAGCCGAGAUCCGGCGCGAAGAGGCAAAGAAGGCUUCUGAGAUGUCUGCAAAGCUUGCGUCGGAGGCCAAAGUCGAGUUGCAGCGUGUUGAAGCGGCCACGGCAUCUGCGGUGAAACAAGACAAGAUGGAGCCGGCACAGAGGCAUGACAGCCGAGUCACCAGUGCGCCAUCAAGACUUCAGAAAGCUGUCACCGUGAGAAAGACCAGCACCGGCCUUGUGGAGGAUGAUAGUGCAGACUACGACGAAAGUGAGCUUGACUAG